AUAGAUAUUAAUUCUUCGUUUAUGGCAUCGUACCGACCGGACUUCAAAAAGUCAACGAUAAGUGUUUGAGAGUAUUGCGUUAAAAAUUUGUAAUUGUCAAUUUUUUUUUGUUACAAAUAAUAUUGUUACGAUUAGAACUUAUUGUUCGAUCUGAAGUGUUAUUGCUGUUGUUGAUGCCGCGAUAUCAUGGUCCACUAGCCGCUUUUCGCCAGUGAUAAUAACGAUUUAAGAUUUGCAUCUCGUUUAAUGGUAAUGCCCAAUUAGGUUGGUUGAGAUAUUAAAUCCAGUCAGUUCACUUAGUGCUGUUUGUUUAAUAUUUUGAUGUGAUAUUCGAUUAAAAUUCAUUAUGAAUGAAAACGAUGGGACCAUGGAAUUUGAAUAUACUACAAAUGAAGGAUUUGGAGAUGUUAUGCUAGAACCAGGAUUCAGUGGUACAGCACCAUAUGAUUGCCCAAGAUCUUAUGAUAAUUCAGAACUAUACAGUAAUUCUAGACCACACGAUGGUUCUGGACCUUCUGAUGGUUCAGGACAAGAUUAUUAUUCAGAAACCAAUGACUUAGAAUCAAAAGAAAAAACCGAACCCUUGUUUGUUAUUGACAAAACUAAGAACUUUAGGCUAAAUCGUACAAUACAAUACGAGACUUCACCAAAUAAAAAUAAAUAUGGAAAAAAUAAUUUUGUAGCACAAAGACAAAAUUCAUGCUGGAAUUGCAACUCUGUAAAUCAUUCAUUGCAUAAUUGUCCAGAACCUAGAGUUCAAUGGAAAAUUUCAAAAAACCGACAGGCUUUUCUUAAUCAAAAACAACAAUAUCAAUCAAAUUCUGGCGGGAGAAACAAUAAAAAUCGAUUUGGCAAUCAUAAGAAUAUACGAUACUUUGUAGCAGGAACUAAAACUUUAUGGAGCGACUUAACACCUGGUAAAUUAAGUGAUGAUUUGUUAAAAGCAUUAGGUGUUCCUAAAAAUGGACUCCCGCUACAUAUUUAUAGAAUGCGACAGCAUGGUUAUCCUAGUGGAUGGCUAGAAGAAGCUAAAGAAGAAUAUUCCGGAAUAUCAAUAUAUACUACACCUAAUGAACGUUUACCUCUUCCCGGUAGAGAAAAUGGAAUAAAUGAUUACUUCCAUUGCAAUAUCAAUGAAAGAAAAUUACAUGAAUAUCCUGGAUUUAAUGCUCCUUGUCCACCAGAUUUUGUUGAUGAAAGUAAAAAAUUUGGUUGUCCUGAAUAUAAUCCAGAUCAAAGUCUCAAACAUAUGUAUGAAAGAUUAAAAGUUGGCCAAAUUGGUAAAAAUGAAAGAGCAUUGUCUGGAGAAAGUAUUCACAGUCAAGACACAGAAUUUGCAUCCAUCUCUAAUGUUAAUUUAGAACGUUCAACUGAAGGAAAUAACUUGCAUUUAAAAACCGAAAAAGAAUUAAAGGAUAAACCACCAUCAUCGCCUGAAGAUGGAGAAAUUACUGAAGAUGAAACUAGAUCUGACCAUAAUGAUGAAGAGUGCCUAUCUAAUGAAACAGUACCAGGAAUUGAUGAGCAAAAUAUGUCAAUGUCGCUUGAGAGUAGUGCAGAUACCCAAAAUGAUUCCCAAUCAAAUGUUUCCAAUUCAAUGAAGAUAGACAAUGAAUUAGUCUUGACACCAACAUCAAAAAGGCAAUUCGGUGAUGUGAAAUCUGAAACCCUUGGUACUCCAGUUCUCAAAAACUUUUCUUCAUAUGGAAAUCGACCAGCCCAUGAACAUUUUGCCAAAGGAAUGGUUGAUAUGGUAGAUCAUGAAAACUUGCCAAAUGCUAUAGGGACUUUUAAAAAGUUAAAAGAAAUAUUAAAAGAUGUGCGCCAGACAAUUAAAGAUUUAUUAUGAGUAUUAUUAUGACGAUUUACUUAUAAAUUUAU